AUGGAAGCCGAUUGCAUCCAUUUCGGAAUCGAUAUUAUUGGAAAAAUUCACCCGACCGCAUCAAAUGGUCACGAAUUCAUCGUGGAUGCCAUAGAUUACUUUACAAGAUGGGUGGAAGCUGAAUCCUACAAGAUAUUGGGGGCAAAACAAAUGGCUGAAUUCAUUGAAACUCACUUAAUAUGUAGAUAUGGGAUUCCACACUAUAUUGUGAGCGAAAAUGGAGUACAAUUCCAAGCAGAAGUGAAACAACUAUUGCGUGAAAAUGGGAUCGAGCACCAUAAGUCUUCACCGUAUAGGCCUCAAGCUAAUGGAGCAGUGGAAGCGGCGAAUAAAAAUGUUAAAAAGAUUCUCGCUAAAAUGGUGGAGACAUACAGAGAUUGGUCAAAGAAAUUACCAUACGCCUUACACGGGUACAGAAGAACAGCAAGCACGUCAACUGGUGCAACCCCAUACUCCUUAGUAUAUGGAAUGGAGGUUGUCUUGCCUGUUGAGGGAAGACUUAGAACAAAUAAGUCACCCACCCUAUCCACAAAGUGGUCAAACUACGUGGACUUUGAUCCUGCAAAAGCAGCUGGCACAUCAGCUAUUUACGGACUCUUCACAACUGCAUGGCUCGCACAUCAGCUAUUAACUAAUUUUUCACUUUCCCGUAGCUAG